AUGGGGACGCAUCAUACACAUUUGGUAAACGAAGAUGAUGAUGAUGAAGAUGCUGAGGAAGAAGAUGUGUAUAUGUAUCCGACAGAUAUGCACCCAGAUGAGCGAGAUGCAUAUCGAUCUGCAGUUCGUGCCUCGAAAGCAUCUAAUUGGGAACGUGAACAACAUGAGAAUAUUGUAGGAAGCAAACGCAAAUCGGGAGAGUCUUCUACUGGUAUACCGUCGACGAUGCGAAAAUCACAGAGUAUGCGACAUUCGCAUCAUUCACCCCCUAUUGCCCCUUCGCUUUACAAAUUGACAAAUAUAGUUUCAUUAUAUGAGCCAUUAUACGUGGUGCUUCGACUUGUGGAUUCUGAAAUUGUUCCCACAAUGCCAUUUGUGUACGAGCUUAUGCAAGUGAUGAAAGAGAACCUUAUUCGUCAAGGAGCUGGAGAUUGGAUGUUCAAAAUAAUACAAGAUCGUUGGCAGAAAACACUAAAACAUCCACUUCAUGCAGCAGCAUACUUCUUGAAUCCAAGAUUUCAAUAUAGGCGUGGAGUUGGUAGUGAUCCGGAACUACUUCAAGCUGUCCAUGAUGUUUUUGCAAAAUUAGAUCCAACUACUAAAUCGCUUGGUCAAUUUGGAAAUGAGCUUGUACUUUUUCGAGAUGCAAAAAGAGGAUUCGGUGAUCGAGCGGCAAUUGCAUCAAGGUCAACCAUGGUGCCUGCUGAAUGGUGGUUUAUGUAUGGGAAUCAAACACCUACAUUGAGAAAGUUAGCCAUCAAAGUUCUCUCACAAACUGCGUCAUCUUCUGCAUGUGAGAGAAAUUGGAGCACGUUUGCUCUCAUCCACACAAAGCAACGAAAUCGUUUGGCUUACUCUCGAUUGGAGCAAUUAGUGUUUUGUUACUAUAAUAUGAGGCUAAAGUUACGCGAUAUGGAGGCAGAAAAUGAUCGAGUUGCUGAAAAAGAUUACCUUGAUCUCCUUGACAUUUCAGCCGAGGUGGGUGAAGAAGAAGAUAAUCAGUUGUUCCAGUGGGUUAGGCCUAUACACUUGGAUGACGAAGUUGGAAAUCCUGAUCCACGAAUUGCCGCUCAUGCUCGAGAAUUUGGAGUUAAUGUUGAACAUGUGUUGUCCGAAGAAGUUCACUGUGAAAGUUUUAGCAAAGAUACUGAUGAUUCUCUUCAUGCGACAUAUUCCCAGCAAGAAAUUGACUCCACAAGUCCAAAAUGCAAGCUCUCAACAAGUCUUCCAAAACCUGAAUUACCCUUUCUGAUUGGCCAUCGGUUUGAGAAUAGAAAGCAGUACUAA